AUGAACCCGAAGCUUAUUUUCUGCUGUGGAUUUCUGCUGCUGCUUCUCCUCAGCCAGGACCAAGCGCGGGCCAAACCCCUCUCCAGUUUACAGAGCCUGUCCAGAUUGUUAGAUGAAGAUCUGGAGCAUCCCCUGGCCUCAGAGGAGAUGGACCAAGAGCGAGAAGACAUGAUCCCAACAGGUGCCUUUGACCAACAGGACUCUGAGCUCCAAUGGGCCCGAAACUCCAGGGACCAGCCCGAGGGGGUCCCCAUCAGCGACAGUACUUUCCAGAGGCUCUUCAGCGAUCUUCUGGGGUCAUCCAGGAGAUACCGAGGCAGGAGCAAAAAGGGCCUGUCCAGGGGUUGUUUUGGUGUCAAGCUGGACAGAAUUGGCUCCCUGAGCGGACUGGGAUGCUAA